GGAGCUUUCGAAUAAUCGUUUGCAAUUCUGUUGAGCCUGCCAAAAUCUAUAGACUAUUUCGUAUCAGUCAUACAAAUGCGCCUUCCUGCACAAAACGCCGCCCGAGUGCCAUGAUUUCGUAGCCGGACGUCCCGUCUAGUCCUCCCUGCCUUCUCCUUGACCAGCGCCUCGGCUUGCGACUGGCGGACCAAAGGUAAAUGGUGUGUUACCGUAAGCUCCGUAGCCAGCCGGAGGACAGUUGGAAUAACAUCCAAAUUCUGUUGUCGUGACGAAAAUGGUGGUUGUGCCGAGGAUGUUGGUAACACAAGUAGUCGGCGACAUGCCCGUUGGGAAUGGGGGGAAUGUGCCCGUCGGGAUGAGAGGGGUGCUUGAUGGUAGGCCGGGCGUUCGCGGUCCACUUGGAGCGCUGAAAGGAGGAACAGUGCCCGAAGGAAAUGGAUAAGGAACGGGCGCCGUACCAAGUGGGAUCUCCUCGGUGAAUGUCGUGCCUCCUGUGGCGAAGGGAGCGGUUCCAGGAAGGGAACCAGAAGGAAUCAUACCAGUGCUGAAGGGUGGAAAGGAGGACGGAGCGGUUCCAGUCGGCGUGAAAGUGCUCAGUGUGC